GGGUGUACUGGUAGUGCUUGAGAUAGUGGUAUUGACCGUGACUCGUGAGGAUCAAUUCACGCAGCUGUACAAAUUUAAAACCAAGUUUUCCAAAAGUCACGAAGAUCAUCAUCUUCAGAAACCAACCAGCAACUCCAUGACCUCUGACCCUGGGGACACCAGAGAAGCGACUGUGGAGCUGAACAAUAUUAGCAAAGAGGGCUCGUUUGACAGGAGGCACAAGGAAUUCAAUACAAAAUGUAAAGUAGUAACUGCUAAGGAGAGUGACAAAUUCUACAGAGGCAAACAAAACCUGGAGCAAAGGUAAAGGCUAAACCUGAUGACCCAAGCUUGAACCCUGAUGCUGAUAUCUUUUGUAGUAAGACAUCAGAAACAAACUUACUUAAUACCUGCACAGUCCAAGCAUUAGAUGAAAGGAGUGAUGAAGACACAAAGUCUUCCAGUGCCAGUCAGGAUGCUGAACUUGAAGUAAACCAGGAAGUUGAUGUAAAAAAAAAUUUUAUUCAUAAAAACUCUGAAAACAUGAACAGCACGACUUCUAUGUCCAGUACCACAACUUUAAGCAGAAUGGACCAUUCUCACCAGGAUCAGACCUGUGAUUCACCAUAUAUAUUUUCUGGUUCUCAGACAGGAGAAGGAACUCCAGCUUUACAGGAGCUGAAAACUAUGUUACAGAGACAAUUGGAGUAUUAUUUUUCAAGAGAAAACCUGGCUCAUGAUACUUUUCUCGUUUCACAAAUGGAUAGUGAUCAGUAUGUCCCAAUCAUAACUGUUGCUAACUUUAACCAAGUGAGGCGUCUCACAAAGGACUUGAAACUUAUUGUGGAUGUGUUGAGAGAAUCACCAAAUGUAGAAGUUGAUGAGGCUGGUGAGAAGGUUCGUCCAAAUUACAAAUGUUGUGUUUUGAUUCUUCGUGAAAUACCUGAAAAUACUGCAAUCAAGGAUAUUGAGGCUUUAUUUAGUGGCACAGAGUGUCCUAAGUUUGCAAAGUGUGAGUUUGUUCACAAUGAUAGCUGGUAUGUAACAUUUGAUUCUGAUGAAGAUGUACAAAAGGCAUACCGCUAUCUCCGAGAAGAGGUUCGCACUUUCCAGGGUAAACCAAUCAUGGCAAGAAUCAAGGCCAAACCAAUCACAAGAGCACCACUUAUCCCACAUUAUAAGAAUGGCUUGAGGUACCAAAGCCCUAUAAUUCCUUCUGUUAGUGGGCAGCAAGAGCCUGCCACGCCUAUUCAGCAGCAACAGCAGUGGACAGAACAAACACAACAAGGGUUACCAUAUACCAAUGAACCUUCAGUUCCUUAUGGCAACCAACAAGUCUUCCCUCCAUUUUAUCCACCUACAAUGCUUCAAGCUUGUGCUCCUGCAACCCCAUCGACAUUUGAAUUUGGAACAAUAUUCUUGAUGAAUGGGUUACCUCCACAAGCAGUUUUCAAGUCUCUGAAUGGAAAUGGGCGUCAUGGGUUACAUGUUUCUCCAGGAAGGAGUCACAAACCUCAGAUAUAUCGGAACCAACACAAACACAACACAUUAGGUUUAGAACAGAAGGAAGCCAUGCCAUUUGUGCCAAGUCCUCCACAUGGAGCUGCUCCAAUGCUGAAUCGUGGGAUCAGUGGAUUUGGCUACCUUCCAUAUCCUUAUGGCAACCCUUAUGGUCUAGGAAUGGAUAUGCAAGACUUCUUUUCCUAUUCUAAGCGGUACUCACACCAUAACAAGCAAGGAUCGGGGAAUUUGAAUCCUCCCUCUUCAAAUUAUGGUGCAAAAAUGUCAAAUAGGUCUUCAAGUGGAACCAAAGAAUCCGUAGAUCCUAAACUAACAAACCAAACUAAGUCUUCAAUCGAUCUCCAAGGAAGAGAUUCAUUAGCAAAGCAACAAAGAAACCAUCCCAGGAGAAAAAGAAAAGAGGAAAUGAACACAAAAUCUGAACCCAGAGGAGGAAGUAAUGGCUCUAAAGGUCCUGAAAGUAAAGAUAUCAAACCUGAUUCAGCUAAGUUUGAUCUAGAACCUGCUUCAUUCCCCCCUCUCCCAGGCUCACAAGAUUCUGCUGUUUCUGAUUCUGAUUUGUUUGAAAGUCGACUUUCAGAUGUAGUUAAAGGUACAUCGAAGCUCUCCAGUGGUGACAACAGAAUCCAGGUAGAGGGAGUAAUUGACCAGACAUCUGCUGUUAUAGAAGAUAGUCACAGCUUAGCAAAUGGAGAUCUAAGUCAAGCGAUACUAACUCCACCAGCUUCUCCUGUCAUAAACGAAAGGCCACUUAGCCGUGACAGUUUAGCUGAAGGUGCGUGUUCUCCACACCCUGAGCCAAAGCAGGCAACUCCAGAUGCACUCAGUAUUCAUGCUGAGACAGAAACCAAACCUCAGUCAAUUGUUAUUCAUAGUAGUAUUAAUACAAACAGAACUGUUACUGUGAGUGUGAUGAGCAGUGUUCAUACAGUGUCCCCAAACCUCACUGGUAGCCUUACUAGCUCAGCUCCAACUACAUGUUCCUCGCCUUUGCCUACUGUUGUUUCUUUAGCUCCCACAAAGACCACAAACCUACCACCUAUAACUAAUCAGUCAGUUCCAAUGUCCAAACAGUUGGGAUUCUCACAGCAGGAAAGUACAAGCUCUCUGGUCAAUGGAAAUAUUGAAGUUACUAUUAUUUCUGAAGAAAAGGGACGAAAACUAACUUACUCUGAAGUUGCACAACGAGCUAAGGAAUCAGUAGAAAAAUUAGCUCUUGAAAUAAAAGAAAAGGAACGACAAGAAGCAGCGGCAAGGCAACAGCGUCAUGUGGAUGGUGCCUCAAGUAAACACCAGGCUCCUGCCCAAAAGCCUGUCCAAAAAGACUUUACUAAACCGAAGACUGCUGAACAGUUAGGCAACUUUAAAGAUAAUGAACGUAAAACAGGAAAUAAUGGAUCAGGAACUUUGGAAAAAGAACGCUCACAUCGAAUUUCUCCAAGAUCUCCUCGUGAAGAGAAAAGAGAGGAACAUGUUAGCAAAUUGGGCAAGUAAAAUGUGUCGAGCAUGACAGCUAUUAAGAGAUUGGAGAGAGAGAGUAGCUGCAGAUGAAUGAUUGUUGACAAAGAACAUGCUUAAAAAGUUUGUUAAGCAGUUUUGAUGGUAUGUUGCUAUGUAUUUUCAAGGCUGUUUGGAUGAAACACUUGAAAAGCAGUUACUCUACACACACCAUACACACAUACAUACACAAUAUUUAUACAGCCGAGUUAUUGUCAUAAUGACACAACUUUUCUCUACCAGUCAGGCACACCUUCUGUUUCUAGCUGCCUAAGAUUUAUUCUGUGUUUGUUUUAUUGAGCUGGCUGUAUUUGGGAGUCUUUCAAGACACACCAGAUGUUUGUUUGUUUGGCUUCAAAUACCUCUUGAUGUUUAAAUGGUGCAAGGUGAGUUCAGUAUAAAAUUCACACCAACAAACAUUGUCAUAUGCUGUUGAAAAAAAAAAAGACUUGAGUAUGGUGCUUUACAUAAUAACAAAGUGGUACUAUAGUCAAUUCUUCCCACCCUUAUUAUAACCAGUUGAGUUAUUUUCAGCUUGGUUGCUUCCGUUAUUUUUUAUCUUGCUGUUAGCUUACUUCCCAAGACUUCUUCUGUGUGCAGUUUAAUAUCCAAACAGCUAUUUGCACAUAAUUGUUCAUGAAAUAUUUCUACCUAUUAAAAGAUAGUGAUGGCCAAGAAAACUCUUGUUCCUGUUUUUUUGUCUGUAAUUAUCUUAUACAUUAUAUAAUCUUGUAUCCAAAGAGCAAUCAGUGAGCAAGAUGUCCUCAAGCUAAAUACCGUUUUCACCCAGGAGACAGGUUGGCUGAGUAUGGGAAUUGCUUGUCUUUGUUUAUUCAGUCACUUAUUGUUCUCAAAGGUGAAAAUCUAUUGUGAUACUCACCUCAAAAGAAAGUUUACACUAAUCAGCACAGAAGCUAUAUGUGAUUAUUAACCUCUUGUUUGAAUUUGUAGUCUGUGUCUUGGCUUAUGUGUCAUAUCAUUGCCAAAAACUCAUCAUCAUAAUCAUCUGUUCUCAUCAUAUUGUAGGUGAGGAGGUGGCUUGUUGACUAUGUGAAAAAAAAAUUGACAAUUUAAAAAUGAUUCAUUAUCAUUUUAUUAUUAGUCAUAACUUCACACUUGUGAGGUAAGAAAAAUUUAUGUAGAGGAAAUGUCCCAGAUUGUUCUUAUUUCUGUUGUUUGGUUUUGAAUACUAAAAUAAUUAAGCUGUUGAUUACUAUUAAUGUGUAUUUCAUUUUUGAUGAAGUGUAUGUCUGAUUUAUUUGGAAUAUGAUGAGUGUUCUUUGUCUUUUUUGCCAAUUAACAAUAUGAAAAUGUUUUGAAUAAAGUAUAAAAUCUUUUAACUUGCUAAUCCCUCAAUUGGUGAUUUCUUAUAUGAUGUUUAAGUAUUGGAAAUGGAAAAAAAAAAGUUUCCUUUUUGCCUUGAUAAACUAUUCAUUUCUGUAAAUAUUUAAAUCUGAAAUUAUAAAAACUCUCAAAAUGACAAAUACAUCAGCUUAUGACCUGAAUCUUCAACUUUUUUUAACAGUGAAAUUGAUCACACUGUAUAACAACGGUAAGUUGUUCAUUCAAGCCUUUAUCAGAAUCAUCUACUGAAUAGGUGGUAGGUAUGUUUGUAUACAGUUAUUAAUGUGUGUGUCAUAUUUAUUUUUGUUUUAUGAAACAUUAUUAAUAAGACAUACAGAAACUAAAACAUUUGAAUGUUAAUUCAUCAGUGUAACUCUGUAUUCACAGUAUAUAUAUUUUUUUUUUGAUGGGUAUACUCAAGACUCCUGCCAGAAGUGCUUUUACACCAGUUUGUUAAGAUUUUGAAUGGAGCGUUAAUUUAUCAAAUGUGAGAAAAAAGUGCACUAUAAAAAAUAGCAUUGGAUUGGUGAAAUUUAAAUUUAGAUCAAUGUUGGUUAUUUGAAGGGCUCCCAUAACUUGUCUAUCAUCUGCAUAUAUAUAUAUAGACAGAUAGAUAAAUAUAAAUAUAUAUAAUUGCAUUGCAAGAUGUCCAUACCAUUUAAUUGAGGUGUAGAUGUUAGUUAGUAGAAUAUAAAUAUUACCUUACUCCAGUGAUAAAUUUUGUGUAGUUUGGAAAUGAGAGUGUUUAGAUGAUUAGACCUGUGUGUGCAGGAGAAAUAUGAAUGUAAAUUUGUGUGCCCAAAUUGAGCACAAUAUGAGGCUUUAUUUUAGGAACUGACAAUAGAAUGAUUUACUCCCAAGUGGAAUCAUCAGCUACUGUACAUUCUUUGUUAUAGCUGAAUACAGUAUUAGUGUUAAAACAAAUACUAAUUAACUACAUAUAAUUAUAUUGCAAUUGUAAAGUCACAGCUUAAUUUACAAACACCACAAAAAUUGAAGUUUAUGGACUUUUAGUGGUUACUUCAUUCUGUAUUUUGUGGAUCUUAAUAUGUAAAUCUCAUUAAAAAUAUAUGAUGGGCAGUUUUGCUUUUAAAGAUACUAAAUAUGUACCAUAAUGAUAUGCUACUGCUUUUCAUUUCUUUUGUGGGAUAGAACUUUUAGUUUAAUUGGUAUCAACUCAAAAAAUUGAAAAGGAGAAAGGUGCUUCACAGACCACUGUUGUAAUAAGUUUCUUUUUGGUCCACAGAUUGUGAUUGAAAUAAAAAAUGUACAUUGUAAUUUGGGAUAUCGGCUUCAUGAUCCUACUGAAUACAGUGUGGCAGAAUAAGAAAAUCACAAGUGAUUGGUGACUAGUCCUUAUAAAUUGUAAGCUCAGACAUCAGAAUAAACUUGUGUGAAAAUAAUGGUUUUCAUGGUAUCUUAAACAGUCAAUAAAUGUGUACUUACAUUGAAAUUAGAUUUUUUUUUCUUUUCUUUUUGUUGUGAUAUGAAUUCAUAUUAAAAAGAGGGGGAGGAAGGGGGCAUAUGACAGAAAUGCACCAAUUGAAAAUGAAAUGAUAACACACAGAUUACAAUAUGGUCAUGCCCCCACUUCUCCAUACAUAACUUACCAUAGGUUUGGUGAUUAAGGUAGUUACAAGUAUUUUACUAAAUUCAGUCUUUGGCCUUGUUAAACUUUUUAGGUUGAUGAAAUUGUUCAGUAAAGUAUUUUGGCAUUUGAA